UGAUUCAACGCGCCAACCAGAAAUGUGAACGCGUUAGCUCGACACUCAGUGUGAGGCUUUCGUAGGAGGCUUUCGUAGGAGCCUUCUGACAAUGGGAACCCUCCUCCCGCUCCCUUCGCUCCCAGCUUGCUGUCAAUCUCAAAACGUCGGUGCCAGAUUCUUUUAGCUCAGUGGAUCCCCGAACGGGUGUGCACCUGAGCCCUAGUCCCUUCUCUUGUUCGCUACCCGCUUUGACCGUAAGCUGGCAUGAAGAGCGCACUGAUCUCAUUCGGCCCUCAAGAGCCGUCACUGACAUCAGUCUCGCGAGCUCACUUACGAGUGACUCCGACCUUGCCGUCUAUGUCUGAUAUAAGCAAGCCCGCCCAGCAGAGCUCUCAAGGAGGAGAGAGGAACGAUGCAGGUGCUCGUGCCCGUGUGGAAGACGUUCCUCGCCCACGGAAAACUCGGGCGUUCUACAUGAGCGUCCUAGCGAUCAUGGUCGCGUCGUUCCUGAGCGCGUUGGAUCUAACAGCGGUAGGGACGGCGCUGCCUACCAUCGCGGCGGCGCUCAAAGAUACGAAGGGCGAGUUUACUUGGGUCGGCGCUGCUUACGCGCUGAGCAGCACGGCGUUCAUCCCACUCAGUGGCAGUCUGGCAGAUGCCUUUGGACGGAGACCCAUCCUCUUGACGUCGAUCGCGUUCUUUGGUAUUGGGAGUGCCCUCUCAGGCGCGGCUCAAAACAUGGCAGGAAUUGGCGGUGGAGGGAUCUUGAACCUGACAGAGGUGUUAAUUGCGGAUCUGGUGCCGUUGGCUGAGCGAGGAUUGUACCAGGGUCUGGUCGGCCUUGCAUGGUCCCUUGCUUCUUGCAUCGGUCCGCCCAUCGGGGUCCUCAAUUUGCCCUUGACUGGUGUUACUUUUGCAUUAGUCGCAGUCUUUCUUCGUGUUAGGACUCCGCCGGGGUCGGUGAAGGAAAAGCUCGGGAAGGUUGACUGGAUAGGCAAUGCCCUGGCGAUCUUCGGCUCUGGUCUAGUAAUCAUUGGACUAGCCUGGGGCGGGAUUCGGUACCCUUGGGCUUCGGCUCCCGUAUUGACGACCUUGAUACUCGGGAUGCUGUUUCUGGGAACAUUUGCCGUUUACGAAGCUACAGUGCCCACCAGGCCCACAAUCCCAAUCGAUGUUAUCAGCAACCGGACAUCCCUCAGCGGGCUGUUAACUGUGGCCACUCACAGUAUUGCAAGCACUGCCAUUAUCUAUUAUCUGCCUGUCUUCUUUCAAGCUUGCUUCGGGGCCUCCCCCGUACGAUCCGCCGUGGACUUCCUUCCUGGGGCUCUACUCACAGCUCCAUUUGCGCUUGUGGCAGGGAUUCUAGUCUUGGUCUGGCAGAGAUAUCGAGAAAUCAACUGGAUCGCGUGGGUUUUCAUGGUUGUGGCGUUUGGGUUGACCAGCACUUUGAAAGCAAACGCAUCGACUGCUCAAUGGGUCGGUUUCCAAGUGGUUGCAGCGAUCGGUGUUGGAUUGAAUUGUUCUGCUCCUCUAUUCCCUAUUCUCGCACCACUCAAACCCGAGCGAGCUGGCUCCGCUCUAGCCCUAUUUUGCUUCACGCGAGCCUUCUUCCAAGCGUGGGGAAUUGCCAUUGCCGGCACAAUCCUCCAGAAUGAGCUGCACCACCAUCUUCCUGUUGCUUUCGUUGCUCAAUUUCCGCCUCAUUUCGAGAUCGCAUAUGCUGCGAUCCCUUCCAUCAAUGCCCUCGAAGAGCCUCUCCGAUCCGAAGUUCAGGCCGCCUUUGCGUCCAGCCUGGCGAUGAUUUGGAAGGUCAUGGUCGGUAUUUGCGGGCUGGGACUUUUGUUCAGCAUGCUUAUGAAAGAAGUGCCGAUGACGAUGUUGAAAGAUGAUCGGUUUGCUCUGGAAGAGCAGGAUGAUAAGGUUUACAAUUUAGAGAACCUUAAUACGGUGCAACCUGUACCACAAGUCACUGAUAGCCCAGCAUAAAGUGUCACGUGCUUCAUAUAUUGCGCUUUGACCGAGAUGUCUCUUCCGAAGAAAUUGGACUGCACAGAUGAGCGGACCAUUCUAAGAGACGGGUUCUCUUGAUGCCUGCGGGACUGGAACAGUCCAGAGGGCUGUUUCAGUUGCCAUGAUCGGUUUGAUCAAUCCAUCAAAAGUCUCGCCAUCUCACCCUGAUGCCCAACUUGUCCGCGUUUCUCACUUCGAUUCAAGAUACCCUCGCUGAUAUUUUUGCCGUCGCUGUUUCUCUAACACCUGUCCGUGUACGUGCUUGGUCACUGGUUUCUGCUCGCCUCUUCGAUCUCCGCGUCUUGUGCCUUCUGCUUCCUAUGUGCUCGACUCCUGCUAGGCAUUCCGCGGACGGCUGGACUGGAACCUUCCAACUUGGCGACGCGGCCAGGACCUUCGAGGAAUCUUCGUAUCGGAUCGCUCGCUUAUAGGUAUAUCCUACAAAUUGUUGUUGGGUUCAAAUUAUGACGCAUGGGUCCGCGCCGCGGUGUUGUCAUGGCCCCAGCUGCAUGGUGUGGGAGGCACUUGGUAAUGUACGACCAGCAUGAGAUUUCUGAGGAAACCUCGUGGGCGGUCUCGCUGGCGUUUGACAGGCUCACGUCGAAAGCAGUCUCGUCUCUUGGACUAGACGAUCAUGCGAUCCAGGUGUCAAAGGGAUCGUUUGGGGUACCAUCGAGGUUGAGAGCCAGCCGACUAUGAGGGACGGCCGUAUAGAGUAGAUCUCUACUACACAAGCUGUGAAACAAGAUCCAAUAUAUUCCUCGGAGGGUGCAUGUCAUCAGCACUAUCAUUACAUUCAGGCCCGGGAAGAACUUCGAGCAAGGGCUGAAUCGGGACAGCACGCCGAAGUUGCUUGUGUCACUGCAACAGAGUAACCGAUCAAGAUUUCCCUGCGUGUUUUCGGGAUCCUAUAUGAGCAAAUAAGGCCCUCCCCAGCCUUCCCAUUCACGCCGUUCGUCUGCGCUGCCCGCCCCCGCCGCCCAUGCGCGCUCAGGCCGUUUCAGACUCCGCUUGCCGCAUUCGGCCGCAUUGUUUGUUUGCACUCUUCUGCUUCCAAGCAAGGACCCUCCCGCAAUUCUGAGCUCCCCGAGUCGCCCACGGUGUUUUUUCUGCGCCACAAGCACUCCCCCGAACUCGUAUCCCCAUCCCCUUGACGUUGCGUGACGGCGAAAGCCAUAGCAUGCUCCAUCUCGAUCGAAAUUAUUCCCAGCCAUCGCCCCUCUCCGCACCAGCACAGACAAGGGAUCAUCUUAUCUUGCCGACUAGUAACCCGACCGGCGGCGCGUUCACGUCUUCGCAAUCCCUGCCCUGGUCUCCGAAGGACAACGACUUCUAUGCGUAUAGCCCCAGCGGAGGCAACAGCACCAACACACAUAGCACCCCAAUAACCAGUCACGACAUGGCCUACGAAGACAAGCUCGACGAGACCUCAGUUACGCAAAACGCGUCGAAUAACCCUAUUUCGCCUGCCGGCAAAGUGGCGAAUGGAGGCGGAGCAGGGGUCGAGCAGCAUGAAAGUGGAGGAAACGCGUCUCGAAGUUCGUCGCUCUCGUCUGCCCCGGACGCGGGCGCCGCAGGACCUUCACGGCAGUCGACGCCGCUCAGCGAACCACCUGAUGACGAUGAAGAGGACGGGGUGAAGCACAACGAACCGGCUGUAAAGCAGGAGGAAGGAGACAAUAGCAAGUCUGAAGACGCCAAGUCUAUCACUUCACUGCGCACCCCGGGUGCUUCCACCUCGCCCGCACCCACGACCGUCGGAGACGCCAAAGUCCAUCUUCUUUUGGAGCUGAACAAGGAGCUGUUCAAAUUUCUAUUCGAGUUCCAAAACCGUGCAGUCCCUGUCAACGACCCCCAGUUUCUUGCAUAUUCGCAACGUCUCCAAUCAAAUUUGGGAUGGUCUGCGAGCGUGAUGGAUGGCCGCCAGUCUCAUGCCCUUCCCACCAUGGAACCGCCUCCAUCCGUCGAUUUCAUGCCAAACGACCACCUGCGUGAGCUGUAUGCCGACCUUCCAAACGUCUUCGCGAAGGAGAUCGCUCGUCGGGCUGCCCUAUCAAAUCCUAUAAAUCCAAUGCAUCCGACAAACCCUUCACCUCUCAAACGCGAGCGCCCUGACGAUGAUGGGCCGCACGGAAUGAACAAGCGUCGGGAUACUGGCGAAAGCAAAGCGCCAGGUGUCAUGGCACGCUCAGUCACACCUAGUGCAGCACCGACAAAUCGCGCUCAAACACCAUUGACCAAUGGUCCUACUCAAGGUGGCAGGAUCUCUACACCUGGACCUGAUGAGAUGCAGCGGCGUCAAGCUCAAAUGCGGGCACAAGGGAGGCAGAUGUCUCCCCCUACUAAUCCGAUGGGAGGCCCCGGUCCCAGGCCGGGGAGUGCUGGAAUGGGUGGUGGCAAUCCGGCCAUGGGCGCCAACGCUAUCGCUGGACCGUCGAAUCCUGGCAUCAAUAUCUCUGCAUUGCCACCCAAUGUCCAAAACGCAUACCAAAUCCUUCAGACGCCGAACCAUCCUCUAGUCGUCCAGAUCUUGCGUGCUGUGCCGAACUUCCAGCAGAUGCCCUUGCAGUCGCAGUUGCAGAGAAUACUAUCCCUUCAAAACCAGCUCCAGAUGCGAGGCCAAGCGAUGAAUGGGAUGCCUGGCAACGGAGGCUUCCCCGGUGGGCAGGGAAUGGGAGGCAAUCCGAGUGGUUUUCCGGGGGGACAACAGACGAGUCCCGUGUCGCCAAUGGGUGGUCCCGCUCAGAAUGCCAUGUUUCCUGGCGAUCUCCGCGCCAUGAGUUCGACGCCUGGGCCCGGCGGUAUGGGACCUGGAGGGAUGGGACCUGGUGGAAUGGGACCCGGUGGCAUGGGAUCUGGUGGAAUGGGAAUGGGGGAAUGGCACCCGGAGCAAUGGCACCUGGAGGCAUGAACGGGUUGUCAGCGCAGCAGCGGCAGUUGAUACUACUCCAACAACAAAGGGGAGGGAUGAACCCAGGUAUGGUCAACAUGAAUCCACAACAACAAAUGGCGUACCAGCAGCAAGAGCGAAUGCGCAUGAUGCAGCAACAACAGUCUGGUGGAGGUGGUUCUGCUCCUUCGCCGACUAUGCCUGGUUCCCCGAUGAUGGGCUCGCCAGAUUCUUUCAAUGCUCUGCGCUCAAACCCAUCGAUGCCUGGCAUAGCUCGAAUCGCGCGGUCGCCGUCUGAAGGUGGGGGGAUGGGUACGCCUCGGAUGACACCGGCCCGGGCGCCUUCAAUGGGAGGCGGCGACGACUUUUCGCGCAUGAUGCAGCAGCAACCUCAGCGCGGUGGCAAUUUCGUCCAGACGCCACAAGGUGGCUGGCAGCAGCAGCAGCAGCCCCCGGGAAUGGGAAUGCCUAUGGGCAAUGGUAUGCCUGGUGGAAUGGGCAUGGGCAUGCCUGGUGGCCCAGGCCCAGGCCCUCGGCCGGGCAGCGCUUAUGGGGGUGCACCUUCGCCGCCUGGCGGACAAAAUUGGGGCCCGAACGCCGGAGGAAUCUCUGACAUGGGCGGUAUGCCACGGCAUAUGUCUGGCACACCGGGUCCUGGCGGGGGGAUGCAGGGCCAUCAACAACAAAACCAGAUGAUGGGGGAAGACUUCGAGUCGUUCAAUUGGUCGUAGGAUCGUCGGUGCACACAUACUCAUAACUUUUCCCCCCUCUUACGUUUCGUGUUAUAUUAUUCCUUUUGUGUUAUGUCAUAUAGCCCCGUUGUUGUAGCUGCAAAUCAGCGUC